AUGUCCGCCGAAUAUCUGGACACUACUCUCUCGCAGAUCAGAGAACUUAUUGCACGACUGCAAGCCCCGGUGCCCGAUAAACUUACUCUGCUUCAGCUGCUCAGUGCUCCUCUGGACCACUUGGGACUGCUGCCACCCAAGUUCAAACGGUACAAUGUGUCUCCUUUACCAAGUGACUCCCUCCACAUUUACCGACACAUCCCGCUGCUGCAACGAGCGCUCCUCGAACACAUCAUACCUUCAUGGGAGCCCAUCCUCACACAGGAGGGAAACCAAGCGUUGUUAGAACAAUAUUUCUUCCCAGACGCCAUUUCCUUUACUUCCCCCUCGGCGGGACAAGUCGCUACGCUCGCGUACUCCACCAUCCUUUCGUCGCCCCUCACAGCGUCGUCCAUUCGCAUCCUAGUGAGACUGGUGAAGUCGUAUCCGAUAGAUGUGCUGCAUUCAGUCGUGUACUCUAGCCGAAACACGGGUGCGUCAGGCAAGCAGGAGAUUUCCUGGGAAGAUUGUGUGCGCAAUCUUGCAGCAAUCCCUGCAAAGGUAGCGAAUGCUCUCGGUGGAAAGGCCGACGUCCCCGUGGAGUUGCAGCAGGGCACGUACUUCCAUGGUCUCAGCAUACGCUGCGAACGUCUGAUCGACACCCUGGCUGCGGACUCUUCCCGAGAAAGUGUUUCAUCUUUGACAUACCUACUCGGAAAGCUUGUCAACGUCGGCGUGUUUCCCCCAUCCCAUCCCACAUCUCCUUCCGAGCCCUCCUUCUUUCAGGCCACUAUCCCCGCCAUCCGCGCGCGUCUUUCCGUCCCCAAUGCGUCCUACGCGGCAAUGUGGCGCAAACUCCUUACCUCUCUUCCCUCUUUCUCAACCCUUCAGUCCAUUGUCACAUCUUUACUUGCAUCGCUCGCAGACAUCCCUUCGGACUUCAACGCCACACCGCUCGCUCGCUCAUUCGUAAAGCGCGAGGCGCAGCUACUCAAAGACCUUUUGGGUAGGCCGUGCAGUGGGAACGGCGAGUUGUUGGAUUGCUUUAGCGCGGUAGCGCUAGGGAGGGAGUGGCCCGAGGGUCAUGCGCGCAUCUUUGCGUGCUGGACAGCUGGGGCGGAGAAAGACGAAAGCGAUGCCGAAGUCUUGUCGAAGGUAGUAGAUAUUUGGACGAACCCAGACCACAUCAGGCACUCCAUCCUCUCACGGCACCGGUACAUGACAUCUCUCCUCCUGCUCACUCUCGCCUCGGCCCGGCCUCCUGAGCCCACGUUUCAAUCGCUCGCAUUCUCCCCGCCUUUCAUACGCGCGAUCUCGACGUACAUCUCGCACCUCGACCCCGCGGUGCGCCGCUGCGGCAUGCUCGUCGCGGAGGAGGUUGCGCGCGGGGCGGGCAAGAAGCUCGACUUUGGGGACUGGGACGGCCACGGCCACGGGCGCGACUGGUGCCGCCGGCUGCGCGCCCUGAUGCGCGAGCGGGACGCCGACGCCGACGUAGACCUCGCGCCUGCCCUCGAGGACGAGGCGGAGACUCCGGGUCGGCCUGCGCGCCCCACGGUGCAGGACGCAGGGUACGACUCCGACGACUCGCUCACGGGCUAUGCAUCCCCGCCGGCGUCCUCGCGCUCUGCCUCGCCGACACCGUCCGAGCUCGAGGAGAUCGAGCGCGACCCCACGCUGCGCGUCGGCCAGAAGAGCGUGCCGCACCCCGUGUACCUCGCGCAGCUCGGGGAGCUGGUGCGCAGCACGUCGGGCGUGCGCUCGGAGCAGGAGGAUAUGCAGGCCCAGAAGCACGAGGUCGCGCUCAACGUUGCGGAAGAGCUUAUUCGGCGCAAGCGGGCGUAUGGCACGGAGCUCGAGGAAAAUGCGGUGAAUUUGGUGCAUGGUUUCUUGGGGCUUCAAGAUAGUUAUGAUAUUGAAGGCUUCGAGGAGAAGCGGCAGGCGGCUCUGAUCGCUCUCGUCGCGUGCUGUCCCCGGAAAGCGGCCCCCACCCUCAUUGAAGAAAUUUUCCGCAAUCAGUACUCAACCAACCAACGAUACGUUACCCUCAAUGCCCUCGCUGUCGGCGCCAGGGAACUCGCAUCAAUGCCUCUCCCGCCGAACUCGUAUACAUCCAAGAUUCCAGCAGAUCGCCUCACAUUCCCCAGCAAGCGUCUUCCGCCCGCAAUGCAUAAGAAGUACGUAACUGCUGGCGACCAGAUGCACAGCAACGAUCCGGUGCGUGACUUGCUGGACGGUAUCAGCCGCGAGGCAAUCGAGAGGGGCAAGGAGGCCACCGAGGACAAGGUGCCCGCCGUCGUACGCGAACGCCAGCUUCGCGUCCGCCAGACUCCGAAAGUCUCUGAGAUGCCUGCCGGUGGCUCCUCCUUGCCUCCCCUGUCCGCAGGCCUCGCCCCGCCGAAGACGACGACUUUCACGGAUGUGGCGGCGGAGUGUUUCAUAUGCCCUCUGGUGAAUCGCUUCUGGCUGUUCCUGCGCGACGAGCAGGCACGUGAGGCGAGGACCAUGCACCAGCCUGCACUUCACCGGUAUCGCGGGGCAGGUACCGGGCUUGUGCUCAACGCCAUGGUUCUAUCCCGCAUGCUGGGCACGCUCGCCGUGCUCGUGCAUGCGGCACGACAUGCUAAAGAGUGGCUUGCCAUUAUCGCGCCAGAUGCUCUCGAAUUGGCGGUAACGCUCGGCACACGGCCGGUGUCUGUCGUGGAGGGCGAUGACGACGACGACGAGCCCGACGAAGCGCAGAAGGGUCGCGGCAAAGACGCCGCUCUGCUCACAGCUGCAUUGGAGCUUGCACUUAUCGUGCUCGACGGCAGCCUGGAACUUGAUGAAGGGCGUUCCCUCGGGCUCGAACAUACUGCUCUUUUGUUUGGGGCGGAAGAAUGGGCCAAAGAGGUGUUCUCUAAGCUGGAGAGUGGAGUUCGGACAGUUGGAGAAGGUGGCGAACAUGAAGUAAGACUAAGGAGGGCGGCAGCCGGGGUCCUGUUGAAAGUCGAUGAACUCACGUCGAAGUGGAGGAGAUCUAUGAUUGACUUCGCGUCGCUGUAG